ACUUUAAGUAUAAUGACUUAAAAGGUCCUGAAGAACACCGAUUAAAUUUAGAUUGGCCUACAAGACAGAAGAUCUGUGUUGGUAUAGCAAGAGGUUUGGCUUUUCUUCAUGAAGAAUCAAGGUUGAAGAUUGUACAUAGAGACAUAAAGGCCACCAAUGUUCUUCUUGAUAAGAAUUUGAAUCCAAAGAUAUCUGACUUUGGUUUAGCCAAGCUUGAUAAAGAAGAAAAUACCCAUAUAAGCACUAGAAUUGCUGGAACCUUUGGGUAUAUGGCACCUGAAUAUGCAAUGCGUGGUCAUUUAACUGAUAAAGCAGAUGUUUACAGUUUUGGAAUUGUUGCCCUAGAAAUUGUUAGUGGAAGAAGCAACACUAGUAAUCGGCACAAUAUGAAGAAGGAUGACUUUUAUCUUCUUGAUUGGGCAUGUGUUUUAAAAGAGAAAGGGAGUUUAUUAGAGCUAGUAGAUCCAAGACUAAGCAAAGACUACAAUAAAGAACAGGUUGAGACAGUAAUCCGUGUGGCUCUUUUAUGUACUAAUGUCUCUCCAGCAGUUAGGCCUGCUAUGUCUUCAGUUGUGAGCAUACUUGAAGGAAAAGCUUCAGUUCAAGACUCCAAAUUGGAUUCAAGUGUUUUACAUGACGAUUUCUACUAUUCUCUCCAAGGCAGUUAG